CCCCACUCUCUAGACACCCAAGAGCGGGGCGCUGGGACGCGCAGUCCACGCCGGGCAACCUCGAGUCUGGCACUCAGAAUGGUGCAGGCUAAGAGCUGGACGCUGAAGAAGCACUUCGAAGGUCACCCUACAGAUAGUAACUUCCAGCUGAAGACGACUGAGCUCCCACCCUUAAAAAAUGGAGAGGUCCUGCUUGAAGCAUUGUUCCUUUCUGUGGAUCCUUACAUGAGAGUGGCGGCCAAAAGAUUGAAGGAGGGUGACAUGAUGAUGGGAGAACAGGUGGCCAGAGUUGUGGAAAGUAAAAACUCAGCCUUUCCGACAGGAACUAUUGUCCUGGGUUUCUUGGGCUGGACAACACACUCCAUUUCUGAUGGGAAAAAGUUGCAAAAGCUGCUAGCAGAAUGGCCAGAUACAGUACCGCUGUCUUUGGCUCUGGGCACCGUGGGCAUGCCAGGUCUAACGGCCUACUUUGGCCUACUGGAAAUCUGUGGUGCGAAGAGUGGGGACACAGUGAUGGUCAGUGCUGCAGCAGGUGCGGUAGGCUCUGUCGUGGGGCAGAUCGCAAAGCUCAAGGGCUGCAAAGUUGUUGGAUCAGCAGGUUCUGAUGAAAAAAUUGCUUAUCUGAAAAAGAUUGGAUUUGAUGUUGCUUUUAACUACAAGACGGAAAAAUCUUUGGAGCAAGCUUUGAAAAAUGCCUCUCCUGAUGGGUACGAUUGCUAUUUUGACAAUGUAGGUGGAGAGUUUUCAAAUGCUGUCAUAUCCCAGAUGAAGACAUUCGGUAGAAUUGCAAUCUGUGGGGCAAUCUCUACGUAUAACAGUACUCACGCUCUCCCGCCAGGCCCACCUCCAGAGAAGAUCAUCUACCAGCAGCUCCGCAUGGAAGGGUUCCUUUACAGCCGCUGGCCCGAAGACGUCCGCCAGAAAGCUCUGGAAGACUUGCUGAAAUGGGUCUCCGAGGGUAAAAUCCAAUAUCAUGAAUAUAUUAUCGAAGGAUUUGAAAACAUGCCAGCAGCAUUCAUGGGAAUGAUGAAAGGAGAUAAUUUGGGGAAGACAAUAGUGAAAGCAUGAAGAAAAAUGGCACAGAGAAUCAUCUCUGGACCAUUAGCCCUUCACCAUUUGGUAAAAAUGUGUAUUGCCUUACUUAUGUAAGAAUCAGCAACUGUAAUAAGGGUUAUCUACCUAAUAAAACAUACUGUGAUGAGUGACAGAAUGGAAAUCUCAUGAACAACAAUCAGCCAUCUCUCUACCUUCCAUGGUUCCCCUUUGGUGGUGUUUAAAAAAAAAA